UUACAGUUGCAGUUGCUUUUUAACAUAUGUCAAGAUGUUGCAAUAUAUGCCGCAUAGCCUAACACGCGAGCUGAUUAACUAUCAAAAUGAGGAAGAGAAAAAGAUAUUAAGCCUGGCAGUGGAUGCAGAUGACAAGCAACGCCUACAGGAAAUGUAUGCAGCACUCAAAAUAAAAAACAGCGAUUUGAGAAGGGUGCACAGUGCCGCAGAGGUGAACAUGUUAUGCCGCCGAACAAAGCUGCGUGUCAAUAUGACGCUCUUCAAUUGUGUGUGGGACGCCAAGCGGCGGCUGCGGCGUAAGGAUCGCCGGGCCAAUCGUUCCGAUUGCUACAUCAAUGCCAUGUUGAUCAAGGCUGUGCACAGGCGUGAGAUACUGCCCUAUACGGACGACGAGAUAGCCAAAUGCAAUCACAUACGCAGCUGCCAGCUGAAAAAAGAUAAUAACUGCCGGCUCGAUCGUUGGCGCUGCGAUCAAAAGUACAGCGAAUCGGCCGUUCUGCAGGAAACGCGGGCAAAAGAAGAUGCUCAGCUCAGCAAUGUCAGCGUUAGGGAAUCGCAAUUGUGGCAUUCGGAGACGUUGGAGCUUAAUAAGGAAGUCUGCGCACUGGAUGCCAUGCACAUUAAUACCCUGUCAAUGUCCAUCGAUACACAGCUGACCCAGACGCUAAACCAAGAGCUCGAGAGCAAUGAUGAAGAUUGGGCACUCGAUGCCAUGCUACUUAACGUCGAGUCCAUGUCCAUUGAUGCACCGUCAACCCAAGAGCUGGAGAAUGACUUGCUUCCUAAAGCCGAGUCAAUUACCAGAGAUACACAGCUGACACUGACGCCAAAUCAAGAGCUAGAAGACUGGGCAAUGGAUGCCAUGCUCCUUAAUACCGAAUCCAUUGACAUUGAUACACAUUUGACAAAAGCCCAAAUCCAAGAGCUGGAGAACAAAAUUGAUAAAUGGGUGCUGGAAGCCCUGCGCCUUAAUACCGCAUCGAUGGCCAUUGAUAAACAGCUGAUAAAGACGCCGAACCAAGAGCUGGAAAAUAACAAUAAUGAAGAUUGGGCAAUGGAUGCAAUGCUGCUUAACGCCAAAACCAUCGGCAUUGAUACACAGUUGAUACAAACUCCAUCUCAGGCCCUAGGGCAUAAACUUGAAGACUGGGCCAUGCUGCUCAAUACCGAGUCCAUGACUAUUAAUGCACAGCUGCCGCAGACGCCAACCGCUGACACAGCUGGACAAAAGUGACGCAUAUGCCAUGGUUGAUACAUACAUACAUACCCCACAGUUCCCG